AUGCGCUCAGCCAUAUCCCAGGCUCUCACCCUAGACAUCUAUAAGGCGACAUUCGAUAUUCUCGCUGGAUCAGGAUCUAAGGAAGAUAUCGAACUGAUGAAGAAAAUUUUUGACAUUACCUCUUCUCACUUUGAUGAAGAAGAAAUGUCUUCCAUGUACGAUCGUGCCGCACGCAGACUCCUCGCUCGUCAUGCUGUCCGGGCUGCAUUCGAAUGGUUAUCUUCGGAGAACAUACAUAUUGCUCCAAGGCCUGAGCACUGGGAUACCUUGGUAAACCAAUGCGUAAGACAGCGGAAUCUACUUCUGACAAUGGCGGCUAUAUCAGCAAUGCCCAAGCGGGGCUGCCAGCCCACAUCCCUCACUUUCAUCAACCUCUUCCAGUCACUUUUUCAAAUCGGUUUCUUUCCGCAGAUCCGCAUUCUCCGAAGGUUUAUUACGCUGAUGAAGAGAGUGGAUGUACCUCGCGAUCCUCAAAUUGUGCAGGUCUUGAACGAUGGCUAUAGUAAGAACGGGUAUCCUAAACUGGCCAAACGAGCGGUGGAAGCAUACUCUGCAGAGUACAACACACACUCUCCAUCUAAUGUGUCUCCUGAAGAUACAUUGGACGCUAAUGGUAUUGCAUUGACGGAUGCAGAGGUAAAUGCGCGCCUAGGAGCAGUGGCGCGCGAGCGGUCGAAGUGGGCUGCAGCCCGGCUGUACUAUCAGUAUAGGGCUGACGGAUUCAAGCCUACUCAAGAAACGCUUCUAGCUGUUCUCAGCGACGCUUCACAUACAAGUGUUCUUCAAGAUUGGGAAAGGAUCUUUGUCCUUUCUGCUGGUCCUGCAGUUUGGGCGAAGUUGAUUUAUAAUGCGGUUUGUAACCGCAUCCUCUCGGCAGCUAUAGAUGUGUACAAUUCCGCAAUCGCUGCUGGUGUGCGUCCAACCAAUGCAAUGCUGCAUCCCGUCCUACGUCUCAUGUGUGCAGGUAGCCUGCGUCCGCCUACCGACGCCACAAUCGAUAGAGCUAUGUGCAUGUACCACGACUUUGUUCGACACUGGGAGGUCGACACCGAAGAAGUACAAGGACAAGUGUCACCCACAACGUCAAUGACUCCUGAUGCCCCAAUUUACAACACUCUUUUACGCGUCUUGUUAUCGUCUUCCAAUACGACCAAGUACUUCCCUACUGCUGUGGCACUGUUGGAAGACAUGCGAUCUCGCAACGUCUCGAUGGAUAGCAUGACGUCUACUUCCCUCGUGAUUAUGCUGAUGCGGUGUUCAACAUCCUUUGAGGAAGCAUACAAGGUCUACAAGCUCGUUUGCCACCAGAACCAUAAAUCUGUUCUCGAUCAGGAAGGUUAUACUGCAGUACUGAAUGCCUUUUGUAAAGUCCAUUCUAGCACGAUCAUGACGCCUCCUGCUCGCCUAUAUUUCCAGAUUGUCCAAGAUAUGCGACAAGCUGGAUAUAAAACUACUCCACAAGUCUACACAAUUAUUCUCCGAUGCUUGGGCUCUUUGUCUACACGAUCGUCGCUUUCCAAUGACGAUAACGACAACCAGACUCACACGAUGACGCUGGUCAAAAUGAUUAAAAAGAUUCACCAGCACCUUGUGGUUGAUGCCUCUGUGAAUCCCGAUGUCGUUUUGUGGAACCAGUUGAUGGAUACCUAUCAACGUGCAGGCUGUUUUGCGGAGGCGUUGCAGAUAUGGGAAACCUCCUAUCGCUCAGGCCAGAUCGACAACGCCAGCGUCAGCAUUAUUUUGGAUACAUGUGGUCAUGCGAACGCAUAUGGAACUGCCAUGCGAGUCUGGAGCGACUUGACUGAAAGCAAGUUUCGACUGAAUCUGGCAAACUGGAACGCAUGGCUUGAAUGCUUGUGUCGGCUGGGAAGGGUGGAUGAUGCGUUGAGGGCUAUGUGUUUGGAGAUGCGACAAGGAACACCACCGCUUAACCCCACGCUGGAGAGCGCACACAUUAUCUUGUCGUUUGCGCCCAGAACGAACCAGGAGACAGAGGUUAGAGAACGCAUCAAGCGGUAUCUACCCAAGCUUUGGAAGAUCCUCCCCACUGAACAUAUGCAAUCUGAUUAA